CAGGGGGUCGGGAUGGGGAGGGGUGGAGGAAGCGGCGCGUGGCGCGCUACGUAGGGGGUGGCUCCGCCGGGAGUGAGAGCUGGUGUUUACGAGGUGACUGGUUCUGUCGGAGGACGGUGCGGCAUUCUGAGGGGAACGCUCGCGAAGGGGGAGGAUGCUGGUGGUGGAGGUCGCGAACGGCCGCUCCCUGGUAUGGGGGGCCGAGGCGGUGCAGGCACUGCGGGAGCGUCUGGGAGUGGGGGGCCGCACGGUGGGCGCCCUGCCCCGCGGGCCCCGCCAGAACUCGCGCCUGGGCCUCCCGCUGCUGCUGAUGCCCGAAGAGGCGCGGCUUCUGGCCGAGAUCGGCGCCGUGACCCUGGUCAGCGCCCCGCGCCCGGAUCCGCGCCAACACAGCCUGGCUCUGGCAUCCUUCAAACGCCAGCAAGAGCAGGGCUUCCAGGAGCAAAGCGCCCUGGCAGCUGAGGCCCGCGAGACUCGUCGUCAGGAGCUCCUAGAGAAGAUUGCGGAGGGCCAGGCUGCGAAGAAGCAGAAGCUGGAACAGGAGUCAGGGGUCAGCGAGAGCCAGGGGGCCGGUGCGAACCCGGCUGCCGCGGAGAGUGAGCCCAGCGCUAGCCAGGCUCCUGCGGAGCCCGAGGAAGCAGGUUCCUCUUCUCCCCAGCCAGGGCCUUCAAAUGAGGUGGCGCCCUUGCCCAGGUCCGCCCUGCUGGUCCAGCUGGCCACUGCUAGGCCUCGGCCCAUCAAGGCGAGGCCCCUGGAUUGGCGUGUCCAGUCCAAAGACUGGCCUCAUGCUGGCCGUCCUGCCCAUGAGCUCCGCUACAGCAUCUACAGAGACCUGUGGGAGCGAGGCUUCUUCCUCAGUGCUGCUGGCAAGUUCGGGGGUGACUUCCUGGUCUAUCCUGGUGACCCACUUCGUUUCCACGCCCACUACAUUGCUCAGUGCUGGGCUCCGGGGGACCCCAUUCCACUGCAGGACCUGGUUUCUGCUGGCCGCCUGGGAACCAGCGUCAGAAAGACGCUGCUGCUCUGUUCUCCUCAGCCCGAUGGUAAGGUGGUCUACACGUCCCUGCAGUGGGCCAGCCUGCAGUGAGUGACUCCAGAGACCCGUGGGGAUGUGGCUGCAUCUGUGGACAGAGCCUUUCCAGAUGGUCCCAAGCUCAUCUCUGCAUAGGGGAGGCUGUGAACCCUCCUGCCUCUCUCUACAGUUAGGUUUUGACUCCAGAUCUAGAAACACUACAUCCUUCUUAUUUCCCUCCCUGUUUCAAAGCACUUACUGGUUGUGAUGUUUUGUAGUUCCUGUUGCCACAGUGUGAGCUUCUUGAGGGUAAAGACGGGGUUUGUUUCAUCUCUGGUUUCUACAGGGCUCAUGUCUCAAGAGGGCUCAGUAAACGUGUUGAAUAAA